AACUGCUUAAACUUUGAGCCUACUACAGAGGAACUUCUGGUCUCUGCACCAUGAACCAAAGUGCUGUUUUUAUUUUCUGCCUCAUCUUUCUUACUCUCAGUGGAACUCAAGGAAUGCCGCUCUCAAGAACAACACGCUGCAACUGCAUCCAGAUUAGUAAUCRACCUGUUAAUCCAAAAUCAUUACAAAAACUUGAACUUAUUCCUGCAAGUSAAUCUUGUCCACGUGUUGAGAUCAUUGCCACAAUGAAAAAGAGCGGGGAGAAGAGAUGUCUGAAUCCAGAAUCUAAAGGCAUCAAGAAUUUACUGAAAGCACUUAGGAUCGAAAGGUCUAAAAGAUCAUCUUGAAACCAGAGAUAAGCAAAAUCACUGCAGUGCUGAGAAAGAUGGACCACAAAGAAGAUAUUUCUAUUACUUCCUCACAGAGAGUAUAUGUUGAAUUCUAACUGUUCCUAGUUUGUAGUUCUCCUGAAAAGUGACCAACGACAGUCAUCAAAUUAGCUGCUAUACCUCCUGUGGUUUAUUAUCCUGAGCUGUAAUUUCUCUAGUAGUAAGAAUUACUAGCUAUAUUACUAAUAGCUAGUAAUAGCUCUAAUAACUAAUAAUUACUCUGUCCUGGCACUACACUAUAAGCUAUGUUGAGGUGCUACCUUCCUAGCAAAUGUGCCAAGUCCUAGCCUGCUACUGACACUUUCCUCACCUAUCCUAUCUGCUAAGGGUUAUUAAAGGAUCCUUUUGACUUCUGGAUUUAUCAAAAUCUUAAAUAACUAAAGGUAUGCAACCAAAGGUAUAAAAUCUGCUUAUUAAUGAAUAAUCUUUACUUUGUGGGUUUUUAUUGCCAUCCCCCCCAGGAAUUCAUAUUUUUUCAGUGGUUACAUACACAUAAUUCCAAAUACCUACAGGAAGUUGRAUAUGUCUGGAAAUUAUGUGUAAAUAUUGUUAUUUAAUGAAAGACUGUAAAAGGAGUUCUUAGAGAUAUAUUUUUAUAUUGUUUUCAAURUAUAUGAAAUAAUAUAAUUUGUAUAAUUAAAUACUACAGACCAAUGAGUUAGUAGGGAAAUUUUAAAAUCUAGAUAUAUGCUUUGCAUGUUAUAUAAGACAAAUGUGUUGAAUGGUUUUCAAAACAAAAAUGAUGUGCUGUCCUGGAAAUAUUAAAAAAGAUUACAUAACUGUUGUAAGA